GAUAUGAAAAAUAAUGUGCUGUUCAAGCAGGUGUUUUUCUCAAGGUAGGGUCAUUUAUGAACUGCCCCUCUUGACGUCAUAUUCCUUCAUAAGUAAGAUAAGCCAUUAGCAUUUCUGAAUCCAAAAAGUUAGGUUGUAGACUGUAGUAGUAUCUUAGUAAAGACUCAGUACCUACGUCUUAAACAGGGUGUUCUUUAGUAAUUCAAAAACUGUAGCUGAUACCAAGCAAAUCAUGUCUGUGUAUAGUAUGGAAACAUGUGACAAAUCUCUGUCCUCCGAUUCAAUGCCAAUUGAUUCUGCAGAAGAAAGCUUUCUUUAUUAUGUACCAUCAGAAUUGGAAACACUAAGAGAAGAGAAAAUGAAACAUGAGAAGAAAUCAGCUUCUUUGUUAAAGGCUUUGCAAGUGCUGAGUGAAAAAUUGGAUGAGGAAGAAAAUGCUAGGGCAAAGCUACAGACAGAAAAUUUAAGAUUAGCUUCAAAUUUAAAAGAGCUUCGAGAGGAAAAUGCUGAACUGAAGAAGAAGAUAGAAGAAACAUUGGACGAAGAUGAAAAGAAAUGUGAAUAUCUGAAGCAUUUAGAAGCAAAAAUAGAAGAGAUGACGAUUGAUAUUGAUCUAGUUAUGACAUGUACUGUAGCAAAACUAAAUGAUGCCGAGGACCAACUGAAUAAGAAAAACCAGCAAAUCAUUGAUUUGCAACAACAGUUAGACAUGAAAGAGAAUGAAUUGAAUGAAAUUCUACCCAAGUUGGAAAAAGAUAAAUGUGAGAGAAAAAAUCAGCAAUUAGAAAAAUUCAGUCCAGAUGCAAGUUUAAAGAAACUUGAAGAAGAUAUUGUAAUCCUUGAAAAUAAAAAUCUGGAGGUCAAUGAAGAAAUUGAAAGUAUACAGUAUAUCACAGAAACUGCAAUGAUAUCUGUCCAGGAACAGCUGGAUGUAAAAAACAAUCAAGUUGACAGGCAACAGAAACAGCUGGAAGCUUGCAAAAGCAAACUCCGUCAAUUGCAUUCCAACUUGGAAGAAGAAAAAAGUUCCAGGAAGAAGUUUCAGUCAGAAAAUGUUAAGUUAGAUUCAGAAUUGAAAGAACUCCAAAGAAAUCUUGCUAUUCUUGAAAAGAAGCAUCAAAAAAGUCCUGAACUUGAAACUUCAAAACCAGAGCUAGCAGCAAUGCGGAAACACUUGAAAGCAUAUUUAAAUGAGACAUAUUUCAAAAAUUGAAACAGUGAAUUGAAUUGAAUUGUAUAGAUGAAAGCGUAAUCAGUUAGAACUGAGAGAAAAUAAAGCAAUUAGCAAUUUUUUACUUUAAUAUUAAGGAAUAAUUUUCUCAUUUUGUAAUUAUUUGUAAUUACUUCAGUGAAUUUAUUUAUCUUAUUU